AUGGAGUCUUCAAUGAGUGCGGAGUCAUUGACGGCAGGCUUCAGCCCAUCUGCGGUGAGGUCUCUGACAACAACAGGAGCACAGAUGUCACAGUAUACCAGUGCUGCUCAUUGUGGACCCUAUUCUGGCAUAUUUAAUGUCUCUUCUGUAUUAGCCGAGCAUUUAAAUGCUAGUCGAGUCACACCAUUUGGUAUCAGUCCUGGAAAUGCAGUAGCAAUGCUCCAUAAUCGUCACAUACCUGAUCCAUCACAUCAUCAUCACAGUAGUCAGUGCUCUAUGCUAUCCAUUCAGGACAGUGCCGCUGCUCUCAGUAUUUGCGGUAACGUUGGUAUUAACGGCAAUCCAUUGACGACAAUGAGUGACUUGAGCUCACCGACGCCCAGCACUGAUGGUGAUUCUACUGGUGAUCAUUACCACACUGAAGACAGCAUAACCUCUGCACCAGAAGAUAAUAAAUUAUUUACAAUAAAGCGUGUCAUACAUCAAACAUCUCAACAUCAUUACAAUCAUCCGAAAGCACUGGAAUGUAACCAAACGUUUGCGGCCAAAGAGCAGGAAAACAAUUUAAUUAACGGAAAUAAAAGCCGAUGUAAUGCCCAACAAAAGAAACACCGACUCGGAAAAACUCACAUACGUCUGAACAUUAAUGCCAGAGAACGGCGCCGAAUGCAUGACCUCAACGAUGCUUUGGAUGAGUUGAGAACAGUCAUACCAUACGCCCACUCGCCGUCUGUAAGAAAACUGUCUAAAAUUGCAACUUUACUUUUGGCCAAAAAUUAUAUUUUAAUGCAGGGAAAUGCAUUGGAGGAAUUGCGGCGGAUAAUAGUCUAUAUGAAUCAAUCGGGUGUUCCAUUGUCUCCGGCAAUGGCUGCUACCUGUGCUGCGGCCGCAUCACUCCCGUCACUUCACGCACACUUCAGUCAGGACAGCGGUCUAAUGAAUUUUAGCAGUAAUAACACUAACUAUCCAAACAGUCCUUCAUCUACACCAAUAAACAUUACAAAUAACAACAACAGUACGAGUAUUAUGUCGGAUAUAAUAGGAAAGACAUCACCAAAUAAGCUAAUGUCUUCUUCACCGCCAUUAAACUGUUCUCAAUGUGUGGACAAAUAA